AUGGGUGUUCUCAGCUGCCCGCUGUCCACCCUGCUUCUGCUCCAGCUGCUGCUGCAACUGCUGGAGGGUGCUGAGGAGUACCAGUCAACCUGCGGGCAGCCGAUGGCAUCCGGCCGCAUUGUAGGAGGGCAGGAUGCCCAGAACGGGGCUUGGCCUUGGCAGGCCAGCAUCCGCUACAAAGGAGUCCACAUCUGCGGAGGGUCCCUCAUCACAGGGGAAUGGGUGGUGUCUGCGGCUCAUUGCUUCAGUCUGAGUCUGCCCCUCACUGGUUACUCUUUUUCCCUUGGGAGAUUCCAGCUGAAUAUCCAGAAUGCAAACACCUUCACCUCUGCUGUGUCACAAGUCAUAAUCCACAGUGACUACAACCCCAGCAGCUUUGCCUCAGACAUAGCCCUGGUGCGCCUAUGCACCCCUGUUCUGUACACAGCCUACAUCCUCCCCGUCUGCCUUCCGGACCACAAUGAUUCCAUCGCGAAUGGCACCCUAUGCUGGGUCACCGGCUGGGGGGACAUCCGGACGGGUGAAAGUCUCCCUGCUCCCCGCACUCUGCAGGAGGUUCAGGUCUCACUCAUAGAUGUCAAGACGUGCAAUGACCUCUAUAGCAAACCCAUCACAGGGUCCCCGGGGUUGCGUCCCAUCAAAGACGGCAUGGUGUGUGCUGGCUACCCCGAAGGAGGGAAGGACUCCUGCCAGGGGGAUUCUGGGGGACCCCUCGUUUGCUCGCAGGCUGGCUCCUGGUUCCUAAUCGGCAUCGUGAGCUGGGGAGACGGCUGUGCCCUCCCCUACCGUCCUGGGGUCUAUACUCAGGUCUCGGCCUACUCCGACUGGAUCCAGCAGCAGCUCCCCAGUGUGGAAUCCGGGGUGGUGAAUGUCACCAUUAGGUGUCAUCCCAACACCAGCUACACUCCAGUGCCCACCCUUCUGCUUCUCGGCACCCUCCUGCUGGCCAGCGCUGCCCCUGGGAUGGGGCCACUGCUUGGUUUCUGA